AUGUCGGUGUUUCUCCCUUCAAGAUGGCGACCGGUGCCUGCCCACACAUUGGCUUGCGCGGUAUUUCCCAUCGAGUAUCUCCCCCAACGGGCACUGCCUCAGCCAGGACUAGCUCUAAAUUCCCCACGUGCAUGUGUUUGUGAAUGA